AUGGCUAGUUCCCACAACUUCGUUUCCAUUGCUCAUCUCUUUCUGUUUUUCUUCUUCCUCUUUCUGUUGGGACCUCCUUGUUUGGAAUUUAUUAAACACGCUUCAUGCACCGAAAGCCUAACUGUCAAAUGCUUAGAGAAGGAGAGGAAAACACUUCUUGCCUUCAAAGAAAGUCUUACAGAUCCAUCAGGUCGGCUCUCUUCUUGGGUUGGUGAAAAUUGCUGUACAUGGAUAGGCGUUGGUUGUGACAACAGAACAAGACAUGUCGUCAAGCUUGACCUGGGAAAUAGCCAACUUGAAGGUCAGUUACCAUCUAGUCUGGGAAACCUGACCAACUUGCGUAUAUUGGAAUUAUCUGGUAACAAUUUUAUUGGAGAGAUACCGAGCUCAUUUGCCAACCUUUGCCAAUUGCAAACGUUUGAUCUAAGUUACAACAACGUAAGUGGGGAGAUAGUUGGGCUUGUGGAUGGUUUGUCUCAAUGUUCUACAUCCAGCCUAGAAUCACUAUCUUUGAGAGGCAAUGAAUUGCUUGGAGGUAUCCUGCCACACUCAUUGGGAGGGCUCGAGAAAUUGAAGACUAUUGACCUCGAGUUCUGUUCUUUUUGGGGCUCAAUUCCAUCUUCUGUUGGGAAAUUGUCAUCCUUGCAGGAACUUUCCCUUUUCGAAAAUCAAAUGAAUGGAAGCAUUUCAGAAACCAUUGGGAAUCUAUCAAUGCUGGUUUACUUGCAGUUGGGUUCCAAUUUUUGGGAAGGUGCCUUAACUGAAGCUCAUUUUCAGAAUCUCUCUCGAUUGGAAGAUUUGUUUUUGUCUGUUCCAGAGUCCACCAAAUGGACAAUGGUCGUAAAAGUAAAUCAUGAUUGGCUUCCUCCUUUUAAGCUUUGGAGUCUCGUAAUAGAAAAUGUGUUGAUUGGACCAUAG